GCUGCAGCAAUGGAUCCCUCGCAGGUAAAAACUUAUCAGAACGUGUUGGUUUUGAGGCACGGUGACCGUAUGGACCUCUUCGAUCCCACGUGGGCGAAAACGGCGGACAGGCCAUGGGACUCACCGCUCGUAGAGAGCGGUUUCGCCAGGGCUUUUCGGACCGGCCGUGCGUUUCAAACCCUCCCGUUCCCAAUCCACCGCGUCUUGGUCUCUCCCCUCCUCCGCUGCGUCCAGACCGCCUCGGAAGUUGUCACUGCCCUUUGCGCCGUUGAUGACGAUCCUAAUACCAAGUCAUCACGCGACGUAGUGUCCAUCGAUCCAUCCAAAGUCAAGGUUUCAGUUGAGUACGGGUUGUGUAACAAGUUAAAUACAGCCGCAACUAAGCUUGGUAUUGUGCCUAAAUAUGGAAUCUUUCAUUUCGAUGUUUCAAAGCUUGAGACUUUGUUUCCAAGUGGAACAUUAGAUCGUACAGUGGAACCAGUUUAUACAGAGAUGCCGCCGUGGGAUGAGACAUGGAAGGAUACGAAUAGUAGAAAUGAACAAAUGAUUCGGGUACUGGCUGAUAAAUACCCAUCAGAAAACCUGCUAUUAGUAGCACAUUGGACUGGAGUUGAAGUUUCAGUUCAUGCGUUCAAGGAGGACACUCGUGUUACUAAAGUAGCUUAUUGCGGGUAUUCAGAACUGAGACGGCCAGUUUGUUGGGAAAACCUGACAUUUACUGCUGGAAACUUUGAGGUUCUCACAGAAAGUGGCCGGACUGGCGUUACUUACAAGGCAAAGUUGCAACUUUAGCGAUUAAACCACGAUGAAGAUGACUCGGAUUUCAUUCGAAGCAUAGCUCGGCCUUCCUCUUGAUGUGUCUAUUUUUCGGUUAUCUUUCCUUGUGUUUUUAAGUUUAAACUUCGUGUCAGUUGUUGAUGUUC